GUCGGUAGUGUGUACAAUGUAUUUUUUUGUUGAGUUACUUAUCUACUUAAAAUGUAUUUUUUAUGCAAAAUAAAAAAAAACGGAAAUUAGCAUUCUGCCCUUCUCUAUAAGUGUGGGAAAUUGAAUACUCCUCCGUCCGCGCAAUUUUCGUAAAAAUCUGUACAAAGCUUUUGCUUCACUGCAAUCAUUCAAUUAUCCUGCGAUUUUCAUCGAACAUUCCAUUCCUUCUCUUUUCCAAACAAAAUUAGUACUAUGGAUUCAGUAAGUGGCAAACAAGAAACUUCAGACAAGCCACAAGAUUCACUGCAAAUAACUGAAAGUUGUCAGUCAGACAGUGGAGAUUUUGUGAUGCCAUCUGUGUUGGAGCUUGUAGAGGAGAGAGCUCACCUCCAAGAGCUGGAUAGAGAACUCCAAGCUCUACACACACUACCAGAAUUGGAAUCUCCUACUUCUCAGCAUCCCAGCACCAACAAAGGGGACCAGCGAAUUAAUUCUGUCCAUGCUUUACUCCAUACACUGAGCCCACAUUUGCCACAUCAUGACUUCAUAAAGACCUUUUUGGAAUCUACUGAGCAUCUCGAUGAUGUUGGUAAAAUUAGGGUCACAAAACAGGUGGUGUCUAGUGUCUGUUCCAUGUUGCACUCAGAGGAGAGCAGCUGGAGUGAGGAGGAGGUGGUGUGUGUGGGCGCGUGGCUGUGCGUGCAGAGCGUGGCCGCCGACACGCGGGCCCUGCGCCGCCACGCCGCCCGGGCGCUCUGCUGUCUCCUGGACAACUGCGCUACGGACCAGCAGAUUGAACGGUUAGGACAUGUCGUGUGUUCGGCCGGUUGGGAGCCGGAGACGCUGAUAGACGUGUCGGACGCGGCGAGCGGCGCGACCCGGCCCGCGCUCAGCGCAGCCCUGCGGCGCGCCGCGGUGCGGGACGGGGAGCUGUGCGUGCGCGGCCUCACGCGCCUCGUGCCCGCCCUCCCCGACCCCGCGCGCGCCCCCCUCCGCGCCGCGCUGCACGCACACGCGCACGCCCGCCCGCACGCACACUCGCGCACUAGACUCAAGUUGAUGGUCGACCUCUCCAUGCUUCAACUGUUCUUAAGCAGCGGCAAAGAAUCAACUGUCUCCAAGUAAUUAGUUUAUUAUGAAUUUAUCGGAUUUUACAAAGUACUCAUGAAUGAGCUUGCCUUCGGUACAGACCGUUCUGCAUUGUUCCUGUACUGAUAUUGUUAUGUGUACAAUAAAGAUU